AUGGGCAAACCAAAUAGUAAACUCAAAAGAGAUCAAGUGAAAACGCUUGCUAAACAAACUUAUUUUACCGAGAAGGAAAUCAAGCAAUGGCACAAAGGAUUUGUCCGUGAUUGUCCCAAUGGAAUGCUCACUGAAGCUGGUUUCCAAAAAAUAUACAAACAAUUUUUUCCACAAGGUGAUCCGUCAGACUUUGCAUCAUUCGUUUUCAAAGUUUUUGAUGAAAACAAGGAUGGAGCGAUCGAAUUUCACGAAUUUAUCAGAGCCUUGUCAAUUACAUCUAGGGGUAAUCUGGACGAAAAAUUACACUGGGCUUUCAGAUUAUACGAUUUGGACAACGAUGGCUUUAUAACACGAGAUGAAAUGUUAUCAAUUGUUGGAAGUAUUUAUAAAAUGGUAGGUUCAACGGUGAAAUUGCCGAAAGAAGAGAACACGCCAGAAAAAAGAGUGGAUCGAAUUUUUAAAAUGAUGGACAAAAAUAACGAUGCUCAGUUAACACUGGAAGAAUUUAAAGAGGGCGCAAAAGCAGAUCCAUCUAUUGUUCAUGCCUUGUCGCUUUAUGAAGGAAUAUCCAAUUGA